AAACAAAAGUCAGCAUGAUUUUUCAGCCGUGGCAGAGAUCGCGCAACCGCUAGGCAAUCGUAUGAUCAAGCAGAAAUGGCAUAAAAAUUGAUUGCAUGCAAGACGCGAGAUGAUGAUCUUACUGCUGAGCGCUGAAUGGCGCGCGUCAAGCCUUCGAGAAACAGUGGGCCAACUGUUUGCCAUUGUUUGUAGCCGUCAACUCUAUCUCGUUUCUUGUCAUCAUCUGCAUCUCCAGACCAUAAUCCUAAUCGACCAUCAUGCCUCCCCCAAAAUCCAAAGGAGGAAAAAUGCUGGGCCUCAUCAAUUGGAGGCUCAAAGUGACCAUCAAUGACGGACGCGCGUUGACAGGUCAAAUGCUUGCAUUCGACAGGCAUAUGAACCUUGUCCUGGCGGACUGCGAAGAGUUCAGACGCGUUAGACCCAAAAAAAAGGCCGGAGAAACUGAAACGCCUGCUGAGCAAGAGAUGAAGCGCACCCUAGGUCUUGUGAUUUUACGAGGAGAGACAGUCGUCAGCUUAAGUGUUGAGGGGCCUCCGCCAGUUGUAGACGAGGACAAAAAGAAUGCGCUGCCUGUUGGGCCUGGUCGUGGAAUGCCUGCUGGUCGUGGAAUGGGAAUGAUGCCCCCCAUGGGUAUGCCCCCCAUGGGUCGUCCUCCAAUGCCCUUUGCCCCACCGGGCAUGCCCGGUCCCCCUCCUGGCUUUCGUCCUCCUGGCUUCCCUCCAGGCGGACAAUUCCCUCCACCACCAGGCUUUGGUGGUCCCCCUCCCCCUGGCUUCCAACCGCCUCCCCAGUAAAGUCACUGCUGCUCCUUGUUGUUUGAUCAAAUUGUUGUGCGCGGCAGACGAAAUCUCGAACGUAGAGGUGAAAGCAGGGCAAGUAGUUUUGCUGGAAUGUUCGUACGUUCGCAACAUGUACCUCCGAGACCUCUUAACUCCGAAAGGUUUGUUGUUGUACCAUUUCACUAACAAACCAACAGCACCGUCUCACAUCGGUUGCCGGUUGGAGUCUGCUCAUGUUGGUUGUAGAAUGUACAAUUUUUUUGGGAGUCAUGUGUGUAAAGAUGUGUUAAGUUGCUCUCCAGCAAAAAAUGACGGGAAGUUAGGAGUGUGUCUCGCUAUCUGGAAAUAUGCUCUUAGUGAGUUUGGGUGUUGGUGCUAAUCCUUGAUGGAACAGACCGAUGAUCGGCUUCGAGCGAGCGUGUUUUUAAACUUAGAUGAG